UUGCCGGUUAAUUUAUAGUAAACAGACAGGACGAUGAGCAAUUGUUUACAUCAAAAUAUUUUUGAAAGAUUCUUCGACAAAAAAAAAGGAAUCAUCAUUUGACUUCAAACUUCCGAGAACGAAAAAAAAACAUCCUGCAAUUUACAGCGCAGCCCUGAUUCCUGAUAACACUCAACUGGCAGUCUGGUGAUUUGAGCGUCAGUGGCUGACAACAACAGAGGCAGGGCAGAGUGCACACAGCCAGAUACACACAGCCAGCUACACACAGCCAGCUACACACAGCCAACUACACACAGCCAGAUACACACAGCCAUCUACACACAGCCAUCUACACAAAGCCAGCUACACACAGCCAACUACACACACAGCCAGCUACACCGACAGACUAACAGCUAGAAGGACAACAGAAGCCUUAUGGAAUAUCAGCGUUUGCCUGACAGAAGAAUAGAGUCACUGGCAACAGGACAACAUUCUGGGGAACCGCAAGAGCCUCUUUUGAGCAUCAAUAUGCCGUCCUUCUGCAGUUGGUCAGGUUGAAAUAUCACCAAACGCCUUCAGGUUGAAGCUCCUCCUGGUAGAAUCUGAGGGGCGAUGGGGAACACAGCCACUAAAUUCCGCAAGGCUCUGAUCAACGGUGACGAGGGUCUGGCCUAUCAGCUGUAUGAGGGGAGCCCCCAGUUUAAAGAGAGCCUGGACCCCAACACUUCAUAUGGCGAACCCUACCAGCACAACACUCCUCUGCACUACGCCGCCAGGCACGCCAUGACACGACUCAUCAGGUCCUUUCUCUUCAGUAAGGACGGCAACCCCAACAAGCGUAACGUUCACAAUGAGACGUCCCUCCAUCUCCUCUGUAUGGGCCCCCAGAUCCUAAUGGGGGAGGGGCCUCUGCAGCCGCGGCUGGCCCGGCCCGAGCUGGGCGAGAUGAAGAGGGCAGAGUGUCUCCAGAUCAUCCUGAAAUGGACCGGAGCCAAGCUGGACCAGGGAGAGUAUGAGAACGCCAACGUCAACGCCACUGAUAACAAGAAGAACACAUCGCUGCACUACGCAGCCGCCUCGGGGUUGAAGAAGUGUGUUGAGAUUCUAGUAAAUAGGGAAGCAGACCUGUUUGCGGAGAAUGAGGACCGUGAGACGCCGUGUGACUGUGCAGAGAAGCAUCAUCACAAGGAGCUGGCCCUCAGCCUGGAGUCUCGGAUGGUCUUCAGUCUGGCCCCAGAGAGCAUAGAGGCAGAGUACACUGCUCUGGACCACAGAGAGCUAUACGAGGGUCUGAGGCCUCAGGAGCUGCGUCGUCUGAAGGACAUGCUGAUAGUGGAGACGGCAGACAUGCUGCAGACCCCUCUCUUUACUGCUGAGGCUCUGCUUAGAGCACAUGACUGGGACAGAGAGAACCUGCUGGAGGCCUGGAUGUCUAAUGCUGAGGAAUGCUGCCAGCGGUCUGGGGUCCACAUGCCCAGUGCUCCUCCUAGUGGGUACAACGCCUGGGACACCCUGCCGUCCCCUCGUACCCCCAGGACCACCCGCUCCUCCAUCACCUCCCCUGACGAGAUCAGCCUCUCCCCCGGGGACGACGAUAGAACACCGUGUGGUAUCUGUAUGUGCUCCCCCUCUAUCUUCGAGGAACCGGUUGACAUGUCAUGUGGUCACGAGUUCUGCCGAGCCUGCUGGGAAGGGUUUCUGAAUCUGAAGAUUCAGGAAGGGGAGGCUCACAACAUCUUCUGCCCGGCGCACGACUGCUUCCAGCUGGUUCCUGUGGAGGUCAUAGAGAGUGUCGUCUCCAGAGAGAUGGACAAGCGCUACCUGCAGUUCGACAUCAAGGCGUUUGUGGAGAACAACCCAGCUAUCCGCUGGUGUCCCAAGGCGGGCUGUGAGCGGGCGGUGCGUCUCUCAUCCCGGGGUCCAGGUAGCAGCUCCUCGGACCCGUUCAGUCCACCUCUCCUCAGAGCGCCCGCUGUGGACUGUGGCAAGGGACACGUCUUCUGUUGGGAGUGCCAGGGAGAAGCCCAUGAACCAUGCGACUGCCAGACAUGGAAGAUGUGGCUGGCUGAAGUGACUGAGAUGAGACCCCAGGAAUUGGCUGGUGUGAGUGAAGCCUAUGAAGAUGCAGCCAACUGCUUGUGGUUACUGUCAAACGCCAAACCCUGCGCCAACUGCAAGUCUCCUAUUCAGAAGAACGAAGGCUGCAACCACAUGCAGUGUGCUAAGUGUAAGUAUGACUUCUGCUGGAUCUGUCUGGAGGAAUGGAAGAAACACAGCUCGUCUACUGGAGGUUACUACCGCUGUACCCGCUAUGAGGUCAUCAACCAGGUGGAGGAGCAGAACAAAGACAUGACUGUGGAGGCUGAGAAGAAGCACAAGGGAUUCCAGGAACUGGACCGCUUCAUGCACUACUACACACGCUUCCAGAACCAUGAACACAGCUACCAGCUGGAGCAGCGCCUGUUGAAGACAGCCAAAGACAAGAUGGAACAGCUGAGCAGAGCCUUGAGUGGACGAGACGGAGGCCCACCUGACACUACGUUCAUUGAAGAUGCUGUACUGGAGCUGCUGAAGACUCGUCGCAUCCUCAAGUGCUCUUACCCUUACGGCUUCUUCCUGGAGAUCAAAUCCACCAAGAAAGAGAUUUUUGAACUUAUGCAGAGGCCCUCUCAAACACUGAGUUUUGGAGGUGGCACAUGGGACUGGGAGUAUUUGGGCUUUGCAUCUCCUGAGGAGUAUGCAGAGUUUCAGUACCGGAGGAGACACCGGGAUCGUCAGCAGAGGAGACAGAGAGGGGACAUUCCCCAUCUUGACGAGCCUAGCGACAGCAUUUUAGGUAAUAAUGAAUCAAUAACUAAAAGACACAUGGAUAGAUACUAUAGCAGUGGCUCAUUGGAUGAGGACGAUCCCAACAUCCUAUUGGCUAUCCAGCUGUCACUCCAAGAGUCUGGGUUGGCGACGGCCGGGGACACUCCAGAGUUGUUGUCCAAUGAGGCGUCCCUGGGGGCCAUCGGCACCUCCCUCCCGUCCAGACUGGACGCGGAGUCCCAGAGGGUGGAGGUGGGGCCCCGGGGAGCCGUCAGCAGCCAGCGGCUCUAUGAAGGGGUUCCAGGGGUCUAUGCGUUACACCACCACCACUCAUCCCAGCAGCACUACAGCUACCACAAUCUCAACCCGUUCAGGGAGCCUUCUUCAGGCCAGGCUCUGUUCUCGUCCUCCAGUGGUACUGCGGACUCCACUACCACCGCAUCAACAGGGCUCCAGGACCCCUCACACCCAAACACCAACCUGCUGGGUAACAUCAUGGCCUGGUUCCAUGACAUGAACCCUCAGAGCAUCACCCUCAUCCCCUCCACCACCACCACCACCUCCUCCUCAGACACAGACCUAGACUUCAACAUGGCAGCACAGGCCACGGCCAACACAGCCUCCGAGGUGGAGGAGGAGGUCCAAGCUGACCUCCACCAGCCCCGUGCCAAGCCCAAGAAAGGUGAGGGCGAGCUGGGGGAAGAUGUGGACUGUUUCCCCUUCCUUUCUCAGGGCCUGGAGGAGAAGGAGGCUGAGAGGGGGAGACCCACCCAUUUAGACCUGACGGUGGGGUCAGAGGUCAUGGCCCCGUCCUACAUGGUGACUACCGGGACAGGGGACCGGGCCGGGGAGAGGCUCGCUGGGGGUAACGUCGUUCACGUUGACACGCCCAUGUGUGACUCUGUGACCUCUGACCUUCUGCCUAGCACCAGCUCUUCAGAAUGGGAGGAGCAGAUACACCUUGUCUGAUUGGUGGGAAGAAAAAAAAUCUUAAGUGGUGACGGAGGAGAUACACCUGGUCUGAUUUAUGAUUGGAGGAAAAUUCCGAGUUGGUGGAGCAAAUCCACCUGUUUAUGACUCUGAUUGGAGGAAACAUAUGAGAUGGGAGGAGCAAAGUCUCCUGGUCUGAUAGAAGACAGAAGCCUUCAGAGGGGUCAAACCACUGACAUGCAGAGAGAGAGAGAGAGAGAGAGACCAAUCCUGACUGAGAGGGGACAUUACCAAGUAGCCAGUGAUGGUGUUGUGGGGGGGGGGGGGGAUUUAAUCCUGACUUGAUUGUAGUGUUAGGAGGAGAUAUAUGAAGAUGGAGUGUAUUUCUCUUUCUAGUGUUUACAAGUACACAUCAAACACUUGAUAGCUAGUCUAUACUGGCAUGAGAUGCCCCCCCCCUCCCACCGGGUGAACAACGGACGGAGGACUGGAUGGUCUCCUAAGAAGCGAGAUGGAAGGUGUUUGACUGGGUGUUGUUGGUAUUAUAUUACCCACAAUGGAUAUUUGCUGAAAAAAGAAUGACGAUCAAGUUGCUUCUCUCAGAUGAUCUGUUUUAGAUUACAACAUGAGGUGAUUAUACUGCAUUAUUAUAGUGAAUACAUUUUGCAGGAGUUUUUGAUCUAGGAUUUUUUUUUGUUGUUGAUAUUGAUGAUCAUAUUCUUAAAUGUUUUCCGCUGAAAUAUACUGUAUUGUGUUUGGACUUGGUUCUGAGGGAGGCUGUAGUCAGCUGUAUUGGAGAGUUCUGAGGGAGGCUGUAGUCAGCUGUACAGGAGAGUUCUGAGGGAGGCUGUACAGGAGAGUUCUGAGGGAGGCUGUAGUCAGCUGUACAGGAGAGUUCUGAGGGAGGCUGUAGUCAGCUGUACAGGAGAGUUCUGAGGGAGGCUGUACAGGAGAGUUCUGAGGGAGGCUGUAGUCAGCUGUACAGGAGAGUUCUGAGGGAGGCUGUAGUCAGCUGUACAGGAGAGUUCUGAGGGAGGCUGUAGUCAGCUGUACAGGAGAGUUCUGAGGGAGGCUGUACAGGAGAGUUCUGAGGGAGGCUGUACAGGAGAGUUCUGAGGGAGGCUGUACAGGAGAGUUCUGAGGGAGGCUGUACAGGAGAGUUCUGAGGGAGGUUGUAAUCAGCUGUACAGGAGAGUUCUGAGGGAGGUUGUAGUCAGCUGUACAGGAGAGUUCUGAGGGAGGCUGUAAUCAGCUGUACAGGAGAGCUCUGAGGGAGGCUGUAGUAGGCUGUACAGGAGAGUUCUGAGGGAGGCUGUACAGGAGAGUUCUGAGGGAGGCUGUAGUCAGCUGUACAGGAGAGUUCUGAGGGAGGUUGUAAUCAGCUGUACAGGAGAGUUCUGAGGGAGGUUGUAAUCAGCUGUACAGGAGAGUUCUGAGGGAGGUUGUAGUCAGCUGUACAGGAGAGUUCUGAGGGAGGCUGUAAUCAGCUGUACAGGAGAGCUCUGAGGGAGGCUGUAGUAGGCUGUACAGGAGAGUUCUGAGGGAGGCUGUACAGGAGAGUUCUGAGGGAGGCUGUAAUCAGCUGUACAGGAGAGUUCUGAGGGAGGCUGUAGUAGGCUGUACAGGAGAGUUCUGGGGGAGGUUGUAAUCAGCUGUACAGGAGAGUUCUGAGGGAGGCUGUAGUAGGCUGUACAGGAGAGUUCUGGGGGAGGUUGUAAUCAGCUGUACAGGAGAGUUCUGGGGGAGGUUGUAAUCAGCUGUACAGGAGAGUUCUGAGGGAGGCUGUAGUAGGCUGUACAGGAGAGUUCUGGGGGAGGUUGUAAUCAGCUGUACAGGAGAGUUCUGGGGGAGGUUGUAAUCAGCUGUACAGGAGAGUUCAGAGGGAGGCUGUAGUAGGCUGUACAGGAGAGUUCUGAGGGAGGCUGUAAUCAGCUGCCUGCUUCUAGUAGUGUUAUUAUCCCAAUAUAACAGUGUACAGUCUGACUCAGCAGAAAAACCUAGCUCUCAGUCCCGUCCAGAUCUGCCUAAUGUUUCUGUAAAUUGUUAGGUGUCAAACACUGGCUAACAAAAGCACAGUUUGUAAUCACUAAGUGGACUCCAAAAACGAAUUGUGCCUGCUUAGAUCUAUUCCAUGUUGUUGUACUGAACCCAUUAGAAGACGGUCUUACUGACAGCCUGAUGUAUGUCAAGUAUUCAUGAAGAUGGACGAGGCUAGAACCCAUUAGAAGACAGUCUUCAUGAAGAUGGACGAGGCUAGAACCCAUUAGAAGACUGUCUUCAUGGACGAGGCUAGAACCCAUUAGAAGACUGUCUUCAUGAAGAUGGACGAGGCUAGAAGCCAUUAGAAGACAGUCUUUGUGAAGAUGGACGAGGCUGGAACCCAUUAGAAGACAGUCUUCGUGAAGAUGGACGAGGCUAGAACCCAUUAGAAGACAGUCUUCAUGAAGAUGGACGAGGCUAGAACCCAUUAGAAGACUGUCUUCAUGGACGAGGCUAGAACCCAUUAGAAGACUGUCUUCAUGAAGAUGGACGAGGCUAGAACCCAUUAGAAGACAGUCUUUCUGAAGAUGGACGAGGCCAGUAGCCCUGGUGGGACAAUAGAGAGGAACAAUCUGCUGCUGUUCACUCCAAUAGGAAAACAACAGUAGGAUUGUAAUCAGAUACGCUGUUAAUGUUUUUUACCUAAUAAUGAUGUCACUGGUUCAUUCUGAACUAUUAUAGGGCUGCUUUCUCAGACGACCCCUUGGUCCUGGACUGAACAUCACUUUCAAUGGAGAAUGUCCAUUCACCACUGCCCUCUAUCUAUCCCAGAACUAGGUUUAGGCCGAAUGAGGAAACCGGCCCGUUUUAUAAAGAUAUAUAUAUAUAUAUAUAAACCUGUUACGAAAGUUUUAAGCCUUGAUGGGACUCAGCAACUACAGUAGAGGGGUUCAAUGGGUCAUAAAAAAAUGGUUCUCUACGCAAUUCAUUACAGUGCCUUUAUGUCAAUCUUUUUAAAUGUAUUGCCACGUUUUUACAGAGGUCUUACAGUAAGUAAUCGUGUGUAGCUAUAUAUACAAAAGUAUGUGGACACCCCUUCAAAUGAGUGGAUUCGGCUAUUUCGGCCACAUCUGUUGUCGACAGGUGUAUAAAAUUGAGCACGCCGCCAUGCAAUCUCCAUAGACAAAACACUGGUAGUAGAAUCGCCUUAGUGAAGAGCUCAUUGACGUUCAACGUGGCACCGUCCUAGGAUGCCACCUUUCCAACAAGUCAGUUUGUCAAAUUUCUGACAUGCUAAAGCUGCCCCGGUCAACUGUAAGUCCUUUUAUUGUGAAGUGGAAAUGUCUAGGAGCAACAACGGCUCAGCCGCUAAGUGGUAGGCCACAUAAGCUCACAGAACGGGAUCACCCGAGUGCUGAAGCGCUUGGCACGUAACAAUCGUCUGACCUCGGUUGCAACACCUCACUACCGAGUUUCAAACUGCCUCUGGGAAGCAACGUCAGCACAAGAACUGUUCCUUGGGAGCUUCGUGAAAUGGGUUUCCGUGGCCUAGCAGCCGCACACAGGCCUAAGAUCACCAUGCGCAAUGCCAAGCGUCGGCUGGAGGGGUGUAAAGCUCACCACCAUUGGAUUCUGGAGCAGUGGAAACACGUUCUCUGAAGUGAUGAACCACGCUUCACCAUCUGGCAGUACGACGGAGGAAUCUGGGUUUGGCGGAUGCCAGGAGAACGCUACCUGCCCCAAUGCAUAGUGCCAACUGUAAAGUUUGGUGGAGGAGGAAUAAUGGUUUGGGGCUGUUUUUCAUGGUUCGGGCACCUUAGUUCCAGUGAAGGGAAAUCUUAACGCUACAGCAUACAAUGACAUUCUAGAUGAUUCUCUGCUUCCAACUUUGAGACAACUGUUUGGGGAAGGCCCUUUCCUAUUUCAGCAUGACAAUGCCCCCGUUCACAAAGCGAGGUCCAUACGGAAAUGGUUUGUCGAGAUCAGUGUAGAAGAACUUGACUGGCCUGCACAGAGCCCUGACCUCAACCCCAUCGAAAAGCUUUGGGAUGAAUUGGAACGCUGACUGCGAGCCAGGAGGCCUAAUCGCCCAACAUCAAUGCGCCGACCUCACUAAUGCUCUUGUGACUGGAUGGAAGAAAGUCCCCUCAGUAAUGUUCCAACCUCUAGUGGAAAGCCUUCCUAGAAGAGAGGAGGCUGUUAUAGCAGCAAUGUUCCAACCUCUAGUGGAAAGCCUUCCCAGAAGAGAGGAGGCUGUGAUAGCAGCAAUGUUCCAACAUCUAGUGGAAAGCCUUCCUAGAAGAGAGGAGGCUGUUAUAGCAGCAAUGUUCCAACAUCUAGUGGAAAGCCUUCCCAGAAGAGAGGAGGCUGUUAUAGCAGCAAAGGGGAGGACCAACUCCAUAUUUAAUACCCAUGUUUUUUGGAAUGAGAUGUUGGACGUGCAGGUGUCCACAUACUUUUGGUAAUUUUAGUGUACAAACUACAAACACACGUUAUAGAAAUUCCACUCACAACACUAACACGUUUCCAAACCUUUUACUUUUUUUUUAAAAAUACAUUUUUAUAAUUGUAGCCUCUCUUUAGUGUGGUAUCAAGUUGUUUCCCAGAGUGUUUUAUUUAUAUCAUCUUUUAUAAAUUACAUCUCUGAUUUUGACCUGAUGAUAUUGAACACUGUUUUACUGGUUUGUUAGUUAUUUUUAUUGCCGAUGGGCUUUGGUGGGGUUGUUCUUGGAUGGACAGACAUAUCUGUGGGUUUGAUAACUGAUCUACAAGUUGAUGACGAGUGUUUGACUUUUAAGGGGGAAAAGUAUUUAUAAAAUGUAUCCUGGAGCAAAAACACAAUGCAGGACAGUGGGGGGGAAAAAAAACAGACGUAUUUAUUUACAUUUAAACUUUCCUAUUAUGAUUUGAAAAUGGAUAUCAAGAUAUACUGAAUAACUAAUUUUGAAAGAAAAAAAACAAGUUGUAUUGAUUUGUUGCCUAUAUAAAGUAUAAAUGAAUUAUAAAUUAUAUUGAUUUUUCAACGUUUCACAUUUUGGAAUUGAUCUUUAGCCAAACCCAGUGUGAUUUGUAUUGGGAAGUAAUUGAUCUUUAGCCAAACCUAGUGUGAUUUGUAUAGGAAGUAAUUGAUCUUUAGCCAAACCUAGUGUGAUUUGUAUUGGGAAGUAAUUGAUCUUUAGCCAAACCUAGUGUGAUUUGUAUAGGAAGUAAUUGAUCUUUAGCCCAACCUAGUGUGAUUUGUAUAGGAAGUAAUUGAUCUUUAGCCAAACCCAGUGUGAUUUGUAUUGGGAAGUAAUUGAUCUUUAGCCAAACCCAGUGUGAUUUGUAUAGGAAGUAAUUGAUCUUUAGCCAAACCCAGUGUGAUUUGUAUUGGGAAGUAAUUGAUCUUUAGCCAAACCCAGUGUGAUUUGUAUAGGAAGUAAUUGUAAAGUGACUAUUGAAACAACAGCUGAAGAAACUUAUUGCAUUGAAACGUGUCUUGCAAACGUCAAGCUGUGAGUGCCGUACACGAAGCUGGUGAACUUGUGGGACUUCAGUCAUGUACAUUGAUUUGUCCUUGAUGUAUCAGUUUCAGCUGUGCAUGAAAUGAGUAAAACAGAAAAUGACAUUUGAAUUUGGAUUUUCUUGGCAUUUUACUUUAAAAAAAUAUAUAUAUACAAUUUUAAAAAAUGCAAAUGUUGUUGAAAGCCGUUACAUUUUUAUUAUAAAGCAACUAAUCCUUGAGAUACUAUUUGCACUUUCAUAGUCUAUACCUUUAUACAUUCCCUCUUGAAAUGAACAAAAUACUGUUUUGAUGUGUGGCCAAUAAACAUUGAAUUUUA